AAUUUUUACCUUUAGAUAACGCCUACUCACCUAGAUUGUAGGAAUUCAAUACCAUUCCUCGGAAAACCACAAGCCUUUGCGAUGUGUGUGCCAAAAUGGCGACUGGACAGGUUUUAGUGACUGUGGGAACAACAAAAUUUGACCUAUUUAUAUCCACUGUUUGCAGUGCUGAAGUAUCGCGCAUUUUGAAGCGUCGCGGAUAUAAGAAAUUACUUCUGCAAAUUGGGAAUGGAAACAUUCCAGAAGUAGGAUGUAUUGAAGGCAUGGACGUAGAAUAUUUUCGAUUUAAAGAUUCUAUAAUUCAAGAUAUUCAAGAUUCGUCACUGGUGUUAAGUCAUGCUGGAGCAGGAAGUUGUCUUGAAGUUCUUGGAGCUAAAAAACCUCUAGUUGUAGUGGUAAAUGAAAUGCUUAUGAACAACCAUCAGAUAGAACUUGCAAAGCAACUUUUUGCCAAGGAACAUGCUUAUUACUGCACUUGCAGUGAGUUGAAAGAAACUCUGGUUCACAUGAAUGUAAAUUCCUUAAAGCCUUUUCCAUCAGGAAAACCAGAAAAUUUUGCCAAUUUUCUGAAUGAGAUAUUUGGUUUUAAUGAUACAUUUGGAAUUUCCUAAUAUGUUAUUAAUAAUAUACUAUUUAUUGUAGUGG